UGCCACUUUAUGACGUUGAGUUUCAGUAAAAAAGAAAGUAAUCUCUUUCAGGUUACCAAAAGAAAGCAGACAAAUCUCACGUCUUGUUCCAAGAUCAUUAUGAGCACCAUCACAUCCAGCUUGACCAAAUGGCAGAAGAAGAAGCUCUGCUCGUUGUUCAACCAUGCCAACUUCAGCCUGCUGUUUAAAGCCAGUGUGCACGGCUACAAUGCCACUACAUUUCACCAAAAGUGUAAUUAUCAGGGACCGACUGUUAUUGUAGCUUACAAUAAGUCUGGAUAUGUUUUUGGAGCUUUUACCAGCAAAAAUUAUAGUCAAACAAACCAAAAUGUUGUGGAUGACAAAGCUUUUCUCUUCAGCUUUAAUGACAAAGAGGUUAAAGAAGAUCCUCUCCGUGUGUUCAGUGGAAAUCCCCAGUAUGCUUUCACUGACAGUGGUCCAAACUUUGGUUCUUUAGUGUUUUUUCACAAUAACACAGCCACCAUCCACAGUAAUCCAGCAGCUGCAUACAAAUUCGACCCACAGCAGAUGCAUGGGAAUGACUUACAGCUGACAGAAUGUGAGGUGUACAGAGUUGAAGACUGUGGAGGACUCUUGGAGAAACCAUGGAGAAAUGUGCAGUGGUUCCUUGAGAGAAGGGAGGCACUCUUGAGCAUCAUCUCAGGCUGGAAGCCUUCUGUUAGCUCAGUUAAACAUGCUCGGAUUCUACUGGUGGGUCCUGUUGGUGCUGGGAAAUCAAGCUUCUUCAACUCAAUCAACUCUGUAUUCAAGGGAUAUGUGAGCAUCCAGGCCAACACUGGCACUGCUGGAACCAGUUUGACUACUCAGUUCCGUACCUACUACAUAAAGCCAGGCAGUGGUGUCAACCAUGUUCCCUUCACUAUGUGUGACUCGAUGGGUCUGGAGGAGGGUUUGAACAGCGGUCUGGAUGUAGAUGAUUUUGCCAGUAUUUUGAAAGGUCACAUUCAAGACAAGUAUCAGUUUAACCCAUCGAUGCCUAUACAGCCAGACUCCCCUCAUUUCCGUAAAUCUCCUGGCUUGAAGGACAAGAUUCACUGUGUGGUGUAUGUGAUUGACACCAACAAAGUCAAGCUCCUCUCUGACAAAAUGAUCGAAAAGUUUGUGGUUUUUCGAAAGAAAACCAACCAGCUGGGUAUUCCUCAGCUGGUUCUGCUGACUAAGGUGGAUGAGGCCUGUUCCUUAGUGGCGGAAGACCUGAAAAAUGUCUACCAGAGCCACUAUAUCAACAAAAUGGUGCAGGAGGUGAGCGCUCAGCUUGGAGUCUCUCUGUCUGCCGUGAUCCCGGUGAAAAACUACUACCAAGAACUGGAAUUAGAUCCUCAAACUGACAUACUGCUUCUGAACGCUGUUGUUUAGAUGCUCAGAGCUGCUGGGGGCUAUUUUGAUGAUUUUUACAACCCAGAGGAGAAGUCUGAGUAGAGCUCAGUCUCUUUUCCCUGUCUGACCUGAAGGUUCUGGAUGUAUAUUUGUAUUAGCAAAUCAUAUCUUUCUGUUUAGAUAAUCACAUUUAUUUUGUUACGGUCUGUGCUUUGGGUGUGUUUCUCUCUCUGUAUGCGUGACAUCAUUACUCCUUUCAUCUCUCUGAGUGUGUGUUUGGGCCUUUGUGCACAUGUGCUACUUAUUAUUUUUAAUGUAAGCGCAGACAUGGCUGAUGGUAAAUUGAAUGUGUCUGGAUUCCAGUGUCAUCUGCUUUAUUAUUUUCAUGUAUUGUCAUAAUUAUAAACACACUGGUUUGUAGCUCAAAUAUAUUUUAACCCUUUAGACACUUUGUUAUUCUUCUAGUUUUUACCUAUAGCGGCUAAUGAAUCAGAAGUCCUGCACAUUCACAGAAAAUAGCUUACUUCUGCUUUGCAAAAUAAGGUGGAUAAAAGGUCGCUGAAGCGUAGCAGGGUAGAGGAAAUAUUCACCAGCCAUUACCCCACAAACAAGCUUUGCUCCUUUUUUGUUGAUUAAUCUUUAACAUUAGCUGCCCUUUUAUGCUGGAGUUUUCAGGUAUUGUUAAUUGUUUGUUUUUGGUUCAUUUGCUGACAAGCCAUUCAGAUUCAGAUUCAUUCUUUAUAGGAAAUUUGUUUUUACAGACUGUACCAGGAGCAACAUUCAACAUGCAUAAUAUGCACAUACUACACAGAAUACACAUUAU